AUGGGAGCAGGAGGACUUGUUGAAUGCGUAUUGGAUCGGCUAUAUCCUCCCAGGUCGCACUUGAUAGCCUCAAAGCUCGAGGCUAGGAGGUCAAGCCUCAGCAAGCGUGUCAGAUGGAGUUAUGAUGCCGCCCAAGACCCGUUUGCUGCUGGAGCAGCCUCUCGGUCGGGAGCUGCUGUGGACAAGAGGCAGACAUCAUUCCUCCCUGCCGCCGAUGGGGUAUUGCGGAAGAUCUUAUUCAAAGUGUUACGGAGACUGUUGGAAGCGGGAGUGCAUCCGCGAUUGAGUUUCAGACUCUUCAAACAGCUCCGCCGGGAAAACAACAUUGCCUUGGCUCUGCCGAUCCGCAGGAGACCAGGCAAAUCAGGUCAGGAUUCAAGUGGCAAUUCCACUCCAAGCGUAUCGGGCCAGUCACCGUCUGGUCACGCUCGAACCAGGAGUAGGAAACUGGACCAACCUAUUUUACAAAUAAACCUGAACGACUUGUCGAUCGGGGGAGAGACAGCUGGACAGCUCGAUGACGAGAUGCUUGAAGCCGUUAGCCAUGGUAUGGGGAAAAGAUGGCCUGACCUCUUUGGUUUCAAUGGCGAUGGCGGUCGGUUGGCCUUGACCGGGCUACAACAGUGGCCGACCAGAGAAAGCGGGUUCUAUUUCAUGGCUUGGAUCUACAUCGAGCAAUUAUGCGCUCCCGUUGUGCUAUUACAUGCAUCUGAAGGCUCUAAAACUGUCUUGAGGAUCAGGAUACUGCCCGAUUCUCAGGUCGCAGUCCUCGCGAUGGACAGGACCGAGAAACAUGCUCAGGGUACCGAGCCGCAUGAAGUCGUCUUUUCCGGCAGUGAUAAUAUGGUACCGCAUCAAGGCUGGGUUCACAUAGCCAUCGGAGGUAGAGUGCCGCCCUCAACAGCCACAAACGGCAGCGGGCCUGAGGUCAAACUAGUUAUCAAUGGUAAACGGUGCGGUCGACCUUUGAAAUGUGACUACCCCAACCCAUCGAAAGGAGCUAGUAUGGAAUGUUCUAUUGGCCAGGAACGGGAUCCGCAAGAGCCUAUACUCGCAGGAGAUGCUAUAUAUCGUGGCUUAGAAGGCAGUCUUUGGUAUCUAGGCCAGUCGACCCUAUUCCGUGAAUACAUCGGAGACGAUCUGGGUUUACUGUUUCAUCAUUUGGGGCCUCGAUAUCAAGGCAAUUUCCAGGAGCCGCUUGGGAGAUUCUUGACCUACGAAGGUGCCACGUCGCUCAACAUAUAUCUCUCGCAGCUAGCGAAGGUGACGCGACAAGGGGUCCGGACCACUCUGCCUUCAAAUUCGUAUCUCAUCCGGGGCAUCAAGCAGGGUCGAGUGAUAUCGGAGGACACGAUACUCUUCUCUCUAGGUGCCCAGAAUGUGGUCAGGUCUUCGCAUCGUAAACUUGAGUCGAGCGAAGCCACCAAAUAUCAAGUGAUGAAUGCAGCCGCGCCGACGGUAGCGAAAGGCCUCGCAUCCGCAUCAGGCCGGGCGAACGUUUCAGACGGCGUCUUCUGGAUGCGUGGUUCGUCUUUGGAUCAAGCUUUCAACAUAGCUGGCGGACCUCCUGCCGCACUUCACUUGGUCGAGUUAGCAAACAGUUCCAAUCAAUUGCAGCUCGCGAUUUCUAUAUUGUUCAAUACUGUCAAAGAAGACUGGGCGGCUUCGGAAGAGAUCGAGAAAAUGCACGGCUACGAUUGCUUGGCAGGACUGCUGCGCAAUAAGAUGCAGGACCAUGUUACGCUUUCAGUCUUGAGAACAAUUUUUAUGUCAAUAGGGAUUGACUUCGACAAGCCGGAAACAGCUACCAUCCUCAAUUCAGGGGCAUACAGGGCACUCGCGCUGCGACUCGAUCUUUGGUCUCGCGCGAGCACGGACGUUGUCGAACUCUUCUGCCGACAAUUCCAACAUCUACUCGUGGAUUCGAAAUUCAAGAGAUACAAUAUACUGAAAUGUUUCAGGAAGAUUGGCAUCACUCGAAUGUUGAUGUAUGCGCUCAAAGCGAAUACUUUUGACUCGGCUGCGGUACCGAGGAUUGUCGCGAGCAUUCGCGAAGUUGGGGAUCGAGCGCUGACAGCAGAAACGCGGGGCAAUGGCAGCAUCAAGCCAUUAUUUGCUUACUUGAUAUCGACCCUAUGUCCUGCUGGGCAAACAACGCCACUUGACUUUGGUAUCACUCUCCCGGACCAACCCACUCAAUCGCAAGCUCCUGCAGCGAUGCUUCUGGAGGCCGUUUCCGAGCUCUGUCACGACGACGCUCGGUCGAAUAAGCUGCAAAGCUCACUGCCUGUACACCGCGUGCUGGUCAUCCUCCUAUCCAACAACCCAGCCAGAUAUGUCGUCCGACCUUGCCUCGACAUGAUUACUACCAUGCUCUGUUCGGCAUCCGGGGAAUCCUUCCGAGGGAAAUUUGACGGAGAAGGUGGCUUUGCUCUGUUGGAUUCCGUUUUGCCCGGUCUCUGGAACGAGCAGAUACAAACUCGAGUCAUCGCAUGUGUUAAAUUUCGCCAAGGCGACAAACGACCCAAUGGCAGACUAUUCCCGUGCGUCAUGUAUGCACUGAGUCGACUUUUGAACGACUCUUUCGACAACAUUUGGCAAAGAUCUGGAAAGAGACCAAGGUCUGCACGGACAGAGACAGCAGAUGGUCUCGCAGUCGCGUUUGGCUCUUCACCAUUCGAUACCAGUGAUGCCAAGCCACGAGAAGAGUUGAACAAGCUGCUUCGGGACAUCGCCAGCCUUCUGCAGAGUGACCCAGAUCUUUUCACGAACCAAUUAUUGGAGGACCUCAUCCCUAGCGUAGCAGAAUUCAUAUCUCUGAGCGCAACGCUAGAAGAUGGUACGGGCUCAGCUUUGGAGCAGCGGAAAGAUGUUCUGGACAAUCUCGCUUGGGCCCUGUCCUUGAUGCAAGAUCUGUCGGACCUUCCGCCGGUUUUACAGGAGCAGGCAACUUUGCGAGAACAAGUCAAAGCAACAUCGGGCACAGAAAUGUUGUCAAGCUCGCUUCUUUCCAGCUCGGCGGCUUCGAUCAAGUCCUCGAAAUCUUUCCUUUCCUCAAACUCAUCCAAUCGGCUCGCACCGAAACGCUUGACCAGGCGACCCACCACUGGCGAGAAGAAGCGGAGCUACAUUUCGCGCAAGAUACCCCUAAUUCGUCGCCUCACAGGCGAUGCGAGGCCCUCGGAAAGCAAAGACAAGAACAACGUCUGGAAGCAAUCGAUCAUCGCAGCAGAAUCGACAAAGUAUGCGAAGACUACGCUCGAUAACAAGGAAUACUGGAAGCGUGUUGAGAAUGACGACUGGCCUAAACAGCGUGCCAUCAGUACAUCGGAUGGUGGACUAUGGCCUGAGCCGAACGAGAAUGUUCAGUGGCGCCUCGACGGCUCCGAAGGACCCUUGCGAAAGAGGUAG